CGUCCCGACGGAGGGCACUCGAACGCCCCUCCUCUCCGGCCCACAGUCCGGAUCGGAGACCCAAACUCCGCCCGCUGCGAGGCGCGACUCUCACGGUCCUGCCUCCCGCGCGCCUCCUCGGCUCCUUCUUCCUCCUCGGGCGCAUAGCCCGACCCAGCCCGUCCUGCCCCGGUCACGAGGGCCGCGACGGCUCGCGCGUCUCCCUGUCUUCCCUCCCCGAGGGCCCGCUGCGUUAGUACCACGCAGGAGCGGGUUAGGGAUGCUCCUGCGCUCCGGGGCGGCCUCGGGCCCUACCACCUGCUCAUUAGGGAAGACUACACGCAAAGGAGCAGCUGGCAUACCCAGAGCCCUCCGACCUUGACCUAAGCAUGCAGGGCCCACCCUGCAGCCUCCCUCCUGGGCUCAGCCUGGACGAUUUCAUCCCUGAGCACUUCCGGGCCCAUGUAGGGUCGUCCUCCCGGGGGACACGGGUGCCUGUGAUCCGGAAUGGUGGCUCCAACACCCUUAAUUUCCAGUUCCAUGACCCCGCACCCAGGACUGUGUACAAUGGCUACUACAUACCGAGGAGAGAUGCUUCCCAACACCCAGACCCUGCUUGGUACCAGACCUGGCCAAGCCCUGGGAGCAGGCCUUCUGCAAGCACAAAGACCCCUGGCCCCCAGCCUGCCCAGAACUGUUCAGCUACGUGGACCAGGGACAGCAAGCGUCGGGACAAGCGCUGGGUGAAGUACGAGGGAAUCGGGCCUGUGGAUGAGAGCGGAAUGCCAAUUGCCCCCCGAUCCAGUGUUGACAGCCCCAGGGAUUGGUACCGGAGAAUGUUCCAGCAGAUUCACCGGAAAAUGCCAGACCUGCAGCCGGAGUGGCCCUUUGAGGAAAUACCCAAAGAACCCAGGCAUCCAGAGCCCCAGCAAAGACCUGCCUCCAGGCCUGGCCCAGCAGCAUCAUCCAGAGGAAGAAGCUGGGAACACGCUGAAGAGUUACCUAGAAACACCUUCCACUACAAUUUUGAAGCAUCCUCUGGUCUCCAGCCCCCAAAACAGGUGCCCAGGCACCGAGAGAAAGUAGACAAUGUUUGGACAGAAGACUCCUGGAACCAGUUUGUGCAGGAAUUAGAGAGUGGGAAGAGGCCCAAGAAACCACUGGUGGAUGAGCCUGUUGAGAAGCCCCCCCAGCCCAUCGAGGUCCUGCUGGAGAGAGAGCUGGCCAAGCUGAGCGCAGAGCUGGACAAGGACUUGCGGGCGAUAGAGACCCGGUUGCCAUCCACCAAGAGCUCGAAGGUGCCCAGACGGGCCCCGGAGCAGCGUCCCCGGGCCCCGGAGCAGCGCCCCCCGGCCCACCCAGCCUCAGCCUGGAGCUCCAGUUCUCCACACACACCUUACUUGGGUACCUCCUGGUGCCCGAGCCCUGGCAGAAUGGCAGAUACAGGAAGCCCCUUCCUAGGUCGCAGGGACUUUGUCUACCCUUCCUCAACCCAAGACCCCAGUGCCUCUGAACGAGGGGGCAGCCCAGCUAGGAAGGAAGAGAAGAAGAGGAAGGCCGCCCGGCUCAAGUUUGACUUCCAGGCACAGUCCCCCAAGGAACUGACUCUGCAGAAGGGUGACAUCGUCUACAUCCAUAAGGAGGUGGACAGAAACUGGCUGGAAGGGGAGCACCAUGGCCGCCUGGGCAUCUUCCCUGCUAAUUAUGUGGAGGUGCUGCCUGCGGAUGAGAUUCCCAAGCCCAUCAAGCCCCCAACCUACCAGGUGGUGGAUUACGGAGAAGCUUUAGCCCUAUACACCUUCAAGGGGGAGCUGGACGUGGAGCUGUCCUUCCGCAAGGGGGAGCGCCUCUGCCUGAUCCGCAAGGUGAAUGAGAACUGGUACGAGGGGCGCAUCCCGGGCACAGGGCGCCAGGGUAUAUUCCCUGCCAGCUACGUGCAGGUGUGCCGUGAGCCCCGGCUGCGGGUCUGUGAUGAUGGCCCCCAGCUCCCUGCAUCUCCACGCCUGACCGCUGCCACCCGUAUGGCCUGUCGCUCCAGCUCCCCUACAGUGCCACGCAGCCCAGCUGACCCCACCGACUGGGGAGGCCGGACCUCACCUCGUCGCUCUGGCUUCUCCUACCCUGUCCAGGAGCCCAGACCCCAGACCCAGGUUCCUCCUGUGAACCCUCAGAAUCCCAGAACCCUAGAGCCAGUUCUGUCCCACCCUCGAGGCACCAGCCAUCCCCUGGAUGUGGGGACCUCCUCCCCUAACACCUCUCAGAUACACUGGAUCCCGUAUCGGGCGAUGUACCAGUACAGGCCCCAGAAUGAGGACGAGCUGGAGCUGCGAGAGGGGGAUCGGGUGGAUGUCAUGCAGCAGUGUGAUGAUGGCUGGUUCGUGGGUGUCUCCCGGAGGACCCAGAGAUUUGGAACGUUCCCUGGAAACUACGUUGCCCCGGUGUGAGUGGUCUCCGUGGCAACUCGGAGCCAGCCAGGAUGGGGUGGGGAGCAGUAGCACUUAUGGAAAGGAGAGCCGACCGCCCCCAUCCUCCUUCCUCAGGACCGGCAUCUGCAGACGACCCCAGCAGCCUUUCCCUAUGAGCCCCUACGAAGCCCCCUGGACUGAUUUCCACCCACAACUCACAGGCAUUCUUCCAACAGCCCUUUCAUUUCCUCCCCACCCCACUCCCAAAUAUAGAGGUCUGCUUUGAAGCAGAGACUGUUUCCAGGCCUUAUUGAGACCAGACUCCUGGGUUUCCCACCCCCACCCAGCUAUGGCUGCUUCCGCUAACAGGGACCAGCUCCCCCUUUAUCCCCCAUAGAGUUCCUCUAACAAGGACCAGCUUCCUAACCUCACGGAGACCAAAGGCCUCCUCUGCCUGGAGGGGUUCCUCUCUUCUAGCUGCAGCUUUCCACUGCCCCCUUUGCCUUCUUACUUCCAGCCUGGCCUGGGAGCAGAGGUAGGGGACAGGUAUAGCACCUCCUCCGCUCCAGGCCCAGCAAGGUCUUCCUUGAAGGCCUGCUCUGUCCAAAGGCUGCCACACCCAGAGCUUGGGCUCUGCACCUCUGGUUUGGCGCAGAUGUUUAACAGGGAGACUGAUGUUGCUGCCCUCCUGCCUGCCACCUCUCCCCCAGUGCCCAGGCUCCCUCUGGAAGAGAAUGUAAAAUAAAUCUGGAUACCAGGAA